AUGGCAUUCAACCCAGCUUACGAGAGGCGAAGGGUGUCUGUACGCCGCCCAGUGUCUGACGAAACAGAGCUGUGUGUGCUUUCUGAGUCACAGUCUCUGUGGGUCUUGUUUGAUCCUGAGCGGGACAACGACGUGAUCCUGUUGCUGAACACCAACCCUCUUACAACAGAGGGGUCAGGUGAGGCCGUUUCUGACUACGAGAGUGAUGACGACAGCGAUGAAACUGAUAACGACGACCUCAUUGACGAAGUGCAGCCGUCACUAUCUUCACGGAUCGACCAGUGGCAGAACGCCACCGACGCUGCCGUGUCCGAUAACAUUGCCUCGUGGGACCUAGACUCCGACUUGGUGGCCAAGCUCUUGGACACAUCGGUGCUCCGGCGGGUGCCAGCGUACUAUGGCGACACGUAUUUCGAGAAUAUGUCCAAGCAAGAGUAUGCACGGUUCAAGCGGGCCAGUGCCAUAUUGCGCAAGUCGCUCACCAAGAAGGGCGCUCCGGCUGUAGAUAAGGACCUCAUCACGCGGUUGCUCCAGCUACUACAGUGGCAGAACUUGCUCACGACGCUGGGAACGUUGGUCAACGACUACAUCAUGAACACGUUGGCGAGAACGCAGCCGCCGUUGGCUGGGUUCAGGGACGUCGAGUACUCAGACACGGCCACCUCGAGCUCGAUGGUGCUCUGUGGAGGCGGCACGUGGAAUGAUUUAUAG